AUGAAUACCUUGGCCAAUUCUGCUAGCGGCUCUCAGAGAAUCACGUUGGAGCGAUAUGGUAGAGGUCUAGCUCCUCCUGGGAUGCGGGUUGUAUUAGUACAUGUACCUCGUUGUCCACAUGAAAUGAUUGAGGGUGAAUGGACCCAUGGGGUAGUCAGAAGGGUCGGAGAAACCAGAGAUGCCGCAACAGAAAGAACCAGUAAAUGCACGGUAAACGAUCUGCCGCCUACACCACCAGCUUCGAAUGCUCUUGUGCUGGGAUCGAACGCUCCUCAACCUGGUCAGAGCCGGGUCUCUUCCCAGCCUAACCCCCCUCAACUCGACACUUAUUUGGACCUGUCAGCGCCACAAAAUUUGGCCCAACAGACUGUUGUGCCGCCGCCGCCUCCUCCUCACCAAAGCAAAGCCGGAAAUACCAAGCUCAACAAGGCGGGCAUGGAUGCGGCCAAGAUGGAGAUUUUAAAGAAGGUGUUUAACCAAGCCGGAAUGCCCACCCGGGAUGUGCAAGGUUUGAUCGUCACAGCAUGUCUUGACGCUGACGCUAGCGCACGCGCACGCUCGAUCCGGGCGAGGAAGAGGACUGUUUUCAACCAUCUCGCGCUCUUGCGCAAUGUGGCCAAGUCGCUAUCAAAAGGAGCUUCAGAGAUUGGGUAUGGCCUACACAUUGACAUUUGGUCUAACAAAUCGGAGAAAGACCAUUGCACUCGGGUUUCUUCUCACCUGCUGAAGAAGCCAGAGUAUCUCUUCAUGUAUUGCGUAGAACUGAAUUCAACGGGUCAGUCGUCGGUCAUUUUACACUUCGAGUCGGAGGUCUUCAUUUCUGUGGUUCUUCAUUUUGUGUGGCGCGGUGGUUAUGCUCAUCUCCUGGAAUCCGCCACAUCCCUCAAGUUUGCGUUUGGAACUGUUGGGGCUUCUCUGGCUUGCUGUUUAGAAGAGUCUGUGGGUGGAGAAUACCACCAUGAGGGAUUUGCUAUGGCAAAAUUUGGUGAAUUUUAUGAUUAUAUUCUACACAUAGUUGAUGAUGUUAUCUUGAACAAUGUUCUUAUAAUACCCUAUUUCGAAAAAUUCAUUGAACGGAAUAACGAUGAGGAAGACGAAGAAGACGAAGAAGGGCCGGGAUAUGAGGACAAAGAUGUAGACAUGGACAGCGAAGAAGACUCAUAUUCGGAUUCAAGUUUGGACGACGACGACAACGUGUAUCGGGUGUCUAACCGUAAGAGCACGGCGAGUGAUUUUUCUGCACUGCUGACAGUAGAAGAGGAGGGAAUCAAGUGCGUCCUCUCGCCACCGCCUUUCCCAGAGGUUGCCGCUAUUUUGCGCGCUGCGACAAGGUUCUCGUUCCCCCACCAUCGUUCUUGGGCUAUCCAAGUGCUGGAGGAAUAUUGGCCAAGCGAACUAUAUUACCUGGACCGGACAAAGUUUCCCCACGCACUUGAAACCGUUGUCCUAGGAAGAGCAUACGACGUCCCUGGAAUACUUAAGCGUGCUUUCUACGAGUUGUUACGCUCGCGCACAUUCUUGAUGGAUGAGGCAGGCGACGAAGCUGAGGGUGGAAAUACCACACCUCAGCUUGAAAUGAAUGAUAUAAAGAGGCUGAUAAGCACGAGGGAGAAUUUGACCACUGCUUGGGUUGUCCGCAAUUGCACGAAUUAG